CACUUCCGAUGAUUGUGUUCGCCAAAUUCCCAAUAGAGCUCUGCAGUGUCGCAUGUCCCUCAAGCUUCGAAUGGGCCUUUGAGUGCGAGUCGCCUCCUAACAGUGCUUCGUUUUCCCCAGAGCCGUCGGUAACACGUUCUAUGUCUAUUCCAUGAGGACUAUUCCCCUCAUUUGCAUUGGCCACACCAUAGGUGGUCACUCUGACCAUCUCGAGUGCUUCGUGGUCGGUAUAGGCGUAGUCAAAGUCUAAUUCGGAGUCUACAGGGCUGCGGAGGGUGCCCGAUGCGCCAGGAUGGUCUAUGGUGAGAGGAGAGCGACCUCGCUCUAUACACGAGGUGGCUUUAGAUGGAGUGGUGGGGAGAUAAGAUGUUCCGCACGCGGGAGAACUAAAAUUGGUUGUUUGGUCUUGUUAGUUUCUAAAGGUCUUGGACAACAAAGCGUAAACAAACCCCCUCGCGAACCCAACCUCGAUGACUACCCGGUUGCGCCACAGACCCCAGGUUGAGGAGGAAGAUGCGGCUGCGUUGAAACUCGGCCCUGAGUUCAAUAAUGCCGGUUGUCUCCUCAUCUCCGAGGUGAAGUACCUGCUCGAGAACAGAGACAAGGAGGCACCUGACACUGCCGUCUAUAAUAAAACCUUGGAGUACGUGAAGACCUUUGCCAAAUUCAACACGACAGAUUCUGCAGGCGCAGUUCGAGAGAUCCUGAGGCGUGAGCCGGCGUUGACGCAAUUUGAAACUGCACAAAUUGCGAACUUGUGUCCUGCAGAUGCCGAGGAAGCGAAGAGUAUAGUUCCGAGUCUGGUAAAGAUUGACGACGAUCGGCUGCAGGUACUUUUGGAUGAAAUCCAGACGAUGCGCAGGUUCCAGACGUGAUGGCUUUAUAGCAGCAUCAUCCUUCAUGCCAUGCACAUCUUCCAGUCCACUUCUCGGCGCUCUGUGGUGCUCUUUCUUCACUUCCACCGUGUAUACAGGGUGCACGUUCCUCAGUUCUUCUUGACCCUCUUGUGUACUGUCACGUUUGUACCUUUAUUCUGAUGAUAGCAUUCCUUCUUUCGUCCUCACCUCUUUGUAACCUCUAUAGCACUAUGGUCGGCUAGCACUUAUUUCCCGGGAUCUGAAGUGGGACUGCUUCACGUAUCAAAAUUCAGCCAUGUACUCAGUCAUCUUCAUUUCUUUGGCAAAAAAAAAGGGCCUGGCCGGGAAUUGAACCCGGGACCUCCUCCAUUCAGUUGGUUGAAGCCCUAAGAAGGAAUCAUACUACUAGACCACCAGGCCGUAGAGAACAUAUUUUAAAUUAAUAGGAAGUGAUUUUUUUUGAUGCUAUGUGAAACCUACGCAUUGCGGAUUAGCCAUUUCAUAUACUCCCCAGUUUGGGGGGGGGGGUGAAAAUUUUACUAUGC